AUGGCCCGCUCUUUGGAAAAUCAUUACAAAAAUGACAUCGCCUGUACCACGGCUUUCGCGGCUCUGUUCGAAAUGUCGUUGACCCAUUUUUCUCGUCAUCGAGACGAAUUGCCCGACUCUCUGAAGCCAGCGGGGUUGGACACUACACGUCAGUACCAUCUACAGAGUAUUCUCAACUGUCUCGAUGGUUUAGAUGAGACUAGUCUCACCGAACCGGAGCGUAGACACAGCUGUGGAGUCAACUUGGAGUGUCUGGCCGGCUACUCUGACCUUCUCGCCAUUCACCCCAAUCUACGAGAAAUAUCAGGUCGACUCUUUAGCGGUGACGGGCCCUUCCAGACACUGAAGGCUUUAGACCACCACGAAAAGUUCGAUAGAGCAGAAAUUACUUACAAAGACUGCUGCAGCAUUGAAUAUCUGGCAGUAUGCCUUGCCAAGGUGGAACUCCGUCUGUAUACGUACGACUACAACCUGCACCCGAACUUGGCAUAUGAAUCUGAACUAUUGAAGAACUUGCACUCACGUCACGAGAUGAAUAACCUUCUAGGCCAUUUCAAAGACGCAAUACCAAGUCUUAGUUUACAAAGCAAGAAAGAGCUUUGUUUCGAUUUUCACAUCGACCCAAAGGAAUAUCUAGACUAUUCCCACUUACUUCGAAUUCAGAUCGGGAUAUUGUCUUUGGGUGGUAAUGCAAAUCCUCGCCCUCUAUCUAACAGGCUGACAGUCCACAAUCCAGAUCAACAGGUGGAAGAGCUUAACGAUGAUUUAUCUCGACUUCUGGUUCUCCUAUGUAGAGGCCUUUCCCGACGAAUUGGGUUUCCUGAAUGCAUGCUAUCAAUGCAGUGCAUCAACAUGCUUUUGCAGAAUCACACGCGCGUCAUCUCGCAAUGGCAUAUCGACGAGUUACUUGCUGCGAUCGCUGUCAAAGCAUCCAACCUAGAUACUCAAACGGAGAAGAACUCAGGCAAGCUCUACAUUGGUCUUUGCAGAUUAUUUGGCACCAUACUCGCCGUCCACCGAGCCAAGAUUGGAGGUCGCUACCACCUGGUGGUGUUGACAUUGCAAGCUCUACUACGAUGCUUGUUCGUCCCAUACAAGGAUAGCGAGGCAGUCGGACGCGAAUCGUCAACUUUUGGAGAGAGUCACGCUGCAGCAUAUGGGCGAAUUCUAACCAUGAUCUGCGAUCCCACUGUCUCGUCUGUCACACGAUCGAGGAACAGAUUGCGACUAGAAUUGAAUGACAAAACGAAGAAAGCACGCAGUAUCGCAGGACAGCAUUUACCGUAUCUGAUUAUGGAGUUUUGUGGAUGCCAGCUCACAGGUCGUCUGCUGCCUGGGAUGAGAGCGGCACUAAACGUGGGCCUGUAUGCAGUCCUUGCGGUCAUUUCGCCUGAUAUCAUGCGGACAAUGAAUGCGGCUAUGGAUUCGAGCAGUCGGUCCGUCUUCAAGGCGCUGUACGAUGACUAUAGGCGGUUUGGCAAGUGGAACGGGGGCUGA